CGUCAGGGCGGCGCGGCGCGGGGGAGCUGUCCUCGCGCGGAGGGUGCUGCUGCUGAAACAAGAUGGCUGUGCGCGCAGGAGGAGCAGCGGCGGAGCAGAGCUGAGGCAAUGCAGAGGAGGACGGAGAGGGGGGGCGAGGAAUUCACUCCAGUGUGUCCUGCCUGAAGAGCAACAGCAGCUCCACUAAGAAACAUUCGUGCACUGACAAAAAGGAUCAUGUGUUUCCGGAGACAUUUAGGGUAACGCUUUGACUUUUUGUUACCAAGAGACCAAAACGGACUGACCAAACAAAUCUCGGAGCACUCAGUAGAGGACAGCCGGGGACGCUCACACCGCUAUCAGAGAUGUCCCUGCUCUGUGUGGGAGUGAAGAAAGCCAAGCUGGAUGGACCCCAAGAGAAGUUCAACACUUAUGUGACCCUGAAGGUACAAAAUGUGAAGAGCACAACCAUUGCUGUCAGGGGCAACUUGCCCAGCUGGGAGCAAGACUUUAUGUUUGAAAUAAACCGUCUGGACCUGGGUCUGACGGUAGAGGUGUGGAACAAAGGGUUAAUCUGGGACACCAUGGUCGGCACUGUGUGGAUCCCCCUCAGGAGCAUCCGGCAGUCUAAUGAGGAAGGUCCAGGCGAGUGGCUCACACUGGACUCUCAGGUCAUCAUGACUGAUAAUGAGAUCUGUGGCACCAAAGACCCCACUCUCCACCUGGUGCUGCUCGACACACGCUUUGAACUGCCUCUCGAUAUCCCUGAAGAUGAGGCUCGGUACUGGGCCAAAAAACUGGAGCAGCUCAACGCCAUGAGGGACCAAGAUGAGGAGCAGGAACGACCACUCCGUGCACCAGGAACCCAGUGCUGUAACUGGAGUCUAUGGGGAGAUCAACAAAAUGAAGAUCCUGACAGUGCCGUGGAUGACAGAGACAGCGACUACCGAAGCGAAACCAGUAACAGCAUCCCCCCUCCCUACUACAGCACAUCGCAGCCCAAUGCCUCUGUCCACCAGUAUCCCAUCAGCCAGCAGCACCGCAGCUCCAGAAGUUAUUCUUACCCACAAUCUGGAAACAACCAGGAUGUCGACUACCAACAUCAGAGGACCGUCAGCCCCUCAGGGAGUUAUGCCUCUUCUGCAGAGCUAAGUCGGUGCAGCAGUCAGUUGAGUGAGGAGGACUAUGUCGCUGAGUAUGGAGAGAGAGAUCCUUACGACGAGAAUGACUCAUACCAUUCCUGUCACUCUUCGGUUAGCUACAGUAAAGGCUCUCCAGACUGGGACCCCGAUGAGACCCAGGGGCAGUACAGCGAUGAGGGCGGCUACAGCAAAGAUGGAGGAGAGGAGGCAGCUCUCUAUGAGGAGGAAGACAGAGGACUGUAUGAUGGAGAAGAAGAGGGCCUCUAUGAGGAUGAAGAGAUGAUGUAUGAUGAUGAGGAUAUGUACAAUUUGGACGGGACCCUCAGUGAGGACAUGGAGCCUCCUUUCACUCCCACGCCAACGUCAACAGCACCCCCAACUUUGGAUGGACCUAGCUCCAGACCUCCUCUAGAAAAGCAGCCCUCUUUACACCAACAGCAGCCCCCUGCUCAACCCCCUAACCAAACACCCAACCAGUCAAAUGGCAUGGCCCCAUCAGCACAGCCCCCUACUGGUCAACCAACAGUGCAACCUCCUAAACAGCCCCAGCCCCAAACACAGCCUCAGGCUCAGGCGCCCCCGUCCGCCACAUCCUUCUUUUCAAUGGCCAAACCUCUGACAGCUGCAGUCACAGGUUUGGCCUCUACUUUCCUUUCCUCUGUUCCUACUGCUGCGCCUGCCCAGUCUCAACCCCCAGCCUCAGCUUCUCCUCAGCCUCAGCAGCCUCCUGCAGCCAGCUCUGUCCCUCCAUCCCACCCAGCCACCAUGGCUAACUCAGUGUCCCAGCCCCCUUCCACUGCUGUUGGUCCUCCUUCCCAACAGACCCCGUCCUCUGGGCAGCCUCAAUCCCUACCCAACGGUCCUGCCACCGCACAGUCAGAACACCCCGAAGACCAGGAUCUCCAGCUGGAGGAAGACCCAUGGCUAGAAGAAGAGAUUGGGCUGGAGAAAGAGGCCAGGACACCUCCUGCUCAGCCAGAGGAGAAACUCCCAGAGGAGGAGACAGAGGAGCAUUUCAUCGACAGCAGGCCACUGACGCCAGAGGAGGAACAAGAGAUGCCGCCUGAGAGUCCUCCCGUCGUUGAGGAGCCCAAAGAGCCAGUGGAUCCAGCAGUCAGAGCCAAAGAGAACUGGCUUAGAAUCUACAACAAAGUCUGUGAACAGCUUCGGGAGGCCCGAGGAGAGACCUCCAACUCGCUGUGGUUUGGUAAAGGAGGAAUGGGAGGUGCACUCUACAGUAUUGACAGCAUGCCUGACCUUCGCAAGAGGAAAGCCAUUCCUCUUGUCAGAGAUCUGGCUAUGUCUCUAGUACAAAACUCUCGUAAGGCUGGAAUCACCUCCGCCAUGGCUUCCACCACUCUUGGCAAUGAAGAGCUGAAAAGUCACGUUUAUAAGAAGACCCUGCAGGCUCUCAUCUACCCCAUCUCCUCCACCACGCCACACAACUUUGAGGUGUGGACAGCCACCACCCCUACUUACUGCUAUGAAUGUGAGGGGCUGCUUUGGGGUAUUGCCCGACAAGGCAUGCGCUGUUCUGAGUGUGGCGUCAAAUGCCACGACAAGUGCCAGGAUCUGCUCAACGCUGACUGUCUGCAGAGAGCUGCAGAGAAGAGCUCCAAGCAUGGAGCAGAGGACCGAACCCAGAACAUCAUCAUGGUCCUGAAGGACCGCAUGAAGAUCAGAGAGAGGAACAAGCCAGAAAUCUUUGAGCUGAUCCUGGAAGUGUUUGCUCUGGACAAAACAACGCAUGGCACACAAAUGAAACAAAUCAAGCAGAGCGUGCUUGACGGGACGUCCAAAUGGUCGGCAAAGAUAAACAUCACGGUUGCAUGUGCUCAGGGUCUGCAGGCCAAAGACAAAACAGGCUCCAGUGACCCUUAUGUAACAGUUCAAGUUGGGAAGACCAAAAAGAGAACCAAAACCAUCUAUGGCAACCUCAACCCUGUCUGGGAUGAAAAUUUCAACUUUGAAUGCCACAACUCAUCUGACCGCAUCAAGGUUCGAGUGUGGGAUGAGGACGAUGACAUCAAGUCGCGAGUAAAACAGAGGUUCAAACGUGAGAGUGAUGACUUCUUGGGUCAAACCAUCAUCGAAGUCCGGACUCUGAGUGGAGAGAUGGACGUGUGGUACAACCUGGACAAGAGAACCGAUAAGUCUGCUGUGUCAGGAGCCAUCCGGAUGCACAUAUGUGUGGAGAUCAAAGGAGAGGAGACGGUUGCUCCUUACCAUGUACAGUACACCUGUCUACACGAGCAUCUGUUCCAGUACACGACUGAAGAGCAGAACAGCGGGGUAGUAAAGAUCCCGGAUGCCAAAGGGGACGAUGCCUGGAAGGUUUAUUUUGAGGAGACUGCUCAGGAGAUAGUGGAUGAGUUUGCCAUGAGAUACGGAGUAGAGUCCAUCUACCAAGCCAUGACGCACUUUGCCUGCUUGUCAUCUAAGUACAUGUGUCCAGGAGUGCCAGCUGUUAUGAGCACCCUGCUUGCCAACAUCAACGCUUACUACGCCCACACCACCCAGUCCUCCAACAAUGUUUCUGCCUCUGACAGAUUUGCUGCAUCAAACUUUGGCAAGGAGAGGUUUGUCAAACUUCUGGAUCAGCUGCACAACUCCCUACGAAUCGACCUCUCCAUGUAUCGGAAUAACUUCCCUGCCAGCAGUCCUGAGCGCCUUCAAGACCUCAAGUCUACAGUCGAUCUCUUGACUAGCAUCACUUUCUUCAGGAUGAAGGUCCAGGAGCUGCAGAGUCCCCCCAGGGCGAGCCAGGUGGUAAAGGACUGUGUGAAAGCUUGUCUCAACUCCACCUACGAGUACAUUUUCAACAACUGCCAUGACCUCUACAACAGGGAAUAUCAGACAGACCCUUCGAAGGCGGUCCCUCCAGAUGAACAAGGUCCCAGCGUCAAAAACCUGGACUUCUGGUCCAAACUCAUCACCCUAAUUGUCUCCAUCAUAGAAGAGGACAAGAACUCCUACACACCUUGCCUCAAUCAGUUUCCCCAGGAACUGAAUGUGGGCAGGAUCAGUGCAGAGGUCAUGUGGAACAUGUUUGCACAAGACAUGAAAUACGCCAUGGAGGAGCAUGAGAAGAACCGCCUGUGUAAAAGCGCAGAUUAUAUGAACUUGCACUUCAAGGUGAAGUGGCUUUACAACGAAUACUGCAAGGAGCUUUCCACUUUCCAGAAGCACGUGCCUGACUAUCCAGCCUGGUUUGAGCCAUUUGUCGUCAUGUGGUUGGACGAGAAUGAAGAAGUGUCCCGAGAUUUUCUACAUGGAGCCUUGGAAAGAGACAAAAAAGACGGGUUCCAGGUCACAUCAGAGCACGCUUUGUUCUCCUGCUCCGUGGUGGACGUGUUCUCUCAGCUCAAUCAGAGCUUUGAAAUCAUCCGCAAACUGGAGUGUCCGGACCCUCAGAUUGUUGGAAACUACAAAAGAUUUGCCAAGACUAUCGGCAAUGUCCUGCUGUCUUACGCUGAUAUUAUUGCAAAGGAGUUUCCAAACCAUGUCAAGAAGGAGAAAGUGCCAUGUAUCAUCAUCAACAACAUCCAGCAGCUCAGAGUUCAGUUGGAGAAGAUGUUUGAGGCCAUGGGAGGGAAAGAUCUUAACUUGGAGGCGAGUGACUUCCUCAAGGAGCUGCAGAACAAACUCAACAGCGUCAUGGAUGACCUCAGCCGUAUUUUUGCUGUCAGUUUCCAGCCCCAGAUCGAGGACAACGUGAGGCAGAUGGGUGACAUUCUAGCCCAGGUCAAAGGUCAGACGGUCCCAGCCAAUGGCAGUGUGGUUCAGGAGGCUGACAAUGUCCUGCAGCCCAUCAUGGAUUUCCUGGACAGCAACCUGUCCCUGUUUGCUAAGAUCUGUGAGAAGACGGUCCUGAAGAGAGUGCUGAAGGAGCUGUGGAAACUCGUCAUGAACACAAUGGAAAAAACGAUCGUGCUCCCAACGCUCACUGACCAGACAGGCACUCAGAUGAUCUUCAACGCUGCUAAGGAGCUGGGCCAGCUAUCCAAGCUGAAGGAGCACAUGGGGCGAGAGGAGGCCAAAGCUCUGACUCCUAAACAGUGUGCAGUCAUAGAGCUGGCACUGGACACUAUUAAGCAAUACUUCCACGCUGGAGGUGUGGGCCUGAAGAAAACCUUCUUGGAAAAGAGUCCAGACCUGAAGUCUCUGCACUACGCCUUGUCCCUGUACACCCAGGCCACAGACAAGCUAAUCAGGAAGUUUGUCCUCUCACAGAGCGCUCAGGUCCACGGAGGGAAAGGGCUCAGGUACACAGCCAAUGAAGACACGCCACCAGAGAAAGCGUCAGGAGUGGAUGCAGUUGGCGAGGUGGUCAUGGGCGUGGACAUUUUACCUCAGCCUAACGGAGAACACAAGAUCAAUGUGAAAGUCGUCUCUGCUAAUGAUCUGAAGUGGAAGGCUCAGGGCUUCAGGCCCUUCGUUGAGGUCUACAUCAUCGGCCCUCACCUCAGUGACAAAAAGAGGAAGUUUGCCACUAAGUCCAAGAACAACAGCUGGUCCCCUAAGUUCAGUGAGAGCUUCCAGUACUCGUUGGGCACUGAGGUGGGUCCAGAGAGCUACGAGCUGCAGGUGUGUGUGAAGGACUACUGCUUUGCCCGGGAGGACCGCACCGUGGGCAUGGCUUUGCUGCAAGUGAAGGACAUUGCCAGUAAAGGCAGCGUCACCUGCUGGAUGCCGCUGGGCAGACGUGUCCACAUGGACGAGACGGGUCUGACAGUGCUGCGCAUCCUCUCCCAGCGCAACAACGACGACGUUGCCAAAGAGUUCGUCAAACUCAAGUCAGACCAGCGCUCAGCGGAGGAGGGCCGCAGCUGAGACGGCGGGGCACAAGUGUGCACAAAAACCCCAUAGACAUAGUAUUAUGCACACAUAGAGAACACACACACCUACAUAGAAGUGCAAUACACAAGCACACACAUGAAACGCUCUAUUGUACAUAUAUAUCUGCAUACAUUAUGCAACAUUAACAUUGCAAUGUUAUCAAUGCAAACACAGAGGACCAUGUUUAUAAAAUCUCACCUUUCAUCUUCAAUAUCACACACUCACUUUAGGAUUAGCUUCACUUCAGCAGCACUUCUCAAUCCCUCACUCUACCUUCCCUUGAACACAUCACACCUUUUAUACACUGUACAUUUAGAAACGAUAGAAUUCAACACAGAAAAGAAAAAUGAAAACCAUGUGAAUAGAUUGAGAACGACCACUUUGCACUUUUGCUUCUCUGUGUCUUCAGGAGAGCAGCCCUCGCCUAGCUCUGCUCUGUCUGUCCGUUCGUUUGUCCGCUUGCCUGCCCGAUUUGUGAGUCGUUCUUCCAGUCCGUCAUCCUUUUCUUCUCCUCUCCCCUGUUGUUUGCUCUGCGUAGUCUUCCUGAGGUUUGAUGUGUUGUGUAAGCUGGAGUUCAGGCACAGACCCGAGAUUAGCUUCCUGCCCCGAAAAUCCAAAUAGAGAAAAAUCAACAGGAAGCAACACUGACCAUAGCUCAGCGUCUAGGGGCAACAUCACCGCUAGUGUGUCCUGUAAUGUACAAACGUCCUGCAUGUUGACCCCAGGAUCACUGUGACUUACUUUACUGCCCCCUCACCACAAAAAGAUGGGUGCCUCUGAUGUUUUACCUGUGUGAGCAUGGUGCAUAUAUAACAAGAUUUUAUAGUCACGACCUGACAAACUUUUAUCAUCAUGGAGAAACACACCGGCAGGAGAAAGCUGAGCCUGUUAUCUACUGAUAAAGGCUAAAUUAAAGGCCAUUGUGUGCUUUGCUCUUUUUUUAUUUCUACUUUGUUUUGCUUUUACUGCUUCACAUCACAAAAAAAUGGAGCAAUACCCAAGAGUCUAAAACAUCCACACCCCUAGAGUGCACACAACUCCGAAAAAGGGCUACGGGAUCAGUGGACUGGGAUUUCAUGUCACGCACUCAUACACGCUCUCCUUGCUUCUGUUUGCAAAAUGACCACAAGAUGUCCACAACGCCCCCUACCCUACCCCCCAUCAAUGCACACCCUCCUUCAGAAGAUCUCUCACAAACGACACUGUGGAGGAACUUUGAGAAAAUCCACACAAAACCAGAAAGACACUUGAUGCUGAUGGACGUAUCCAAACACAACUCUUAAAGGCAAUAGUUUGUAUGUUCACAGAACCCUGUGGUUUAUAUGAAGGACACACUUCUCUGUGAACACUGCUGUGUCUUUUGUUAUUGUGUGUGUGCAUGUGUGUGGAGGUGCGCGCGUGUGUGUGUGUGUGUGUAUGAGUGUUUGUGUGGGCUGAAAGUCACACCUGCACAAUGGGCUUGGAGAUUGUGAGCAAUAUAUUGUACCUACAUACCUAAAACGUACAGUGCUGUCAAUGUAACUACAGCAGCACCAACUGCAAUAUCCACAUGGAGGAAUGGGAAACUUAUGAUUCUUAUAUUGUGUGAGUAAAGGAUAUUUAUUUAUGGACUCAUAAAAUCCCCAUUCCUGUAUAAAGUUUGUAAGCUGUGUCUCACAUGUUUUGGAUAAGAGUGAAAUCCUAUUUGCCUUUUAUUAGGACCAAAUUUGCACGAACCAGAUCUUGAGUACGUUUUAUUUUUGAAGAAAAAAAAGCCAUCAGAGUCACCGCCAAGCUUUUAUGUUGUUCAUGUUUCAUGUUUUAGUCUUGUCAUGUGCGUAAAAUGAAACCGUUUUCUCAGUCACAGUCGCAGUCUUGUAGUUUGUUGGUGGCACUUGAUAUCAGUGACAGUGGGUAAAAGCUGCAGUAGGUUUUUCCUGUCACUGAGUGGAGCUGCACCAGACGUCCCUGCUGGCCUGUCACAUGCUGUCUUCACUGAAUACUGACGAAUCCUGCCAAAAACAGAGCUUUAAAUGUUACUCAUCAGCUGUCUUUCAUCAAAGGAAGAGUCAGAUCAAAAAGGUAUCACUUUAUGUCACGACUCAACUUUCAUUUUCAGUUGAACUAGCCCUUUAAAGGGUGCUUUUUCACUCAACAGUGAGUGCAGAUGCAUUGUGUAUGUUGUCUUGAGUAAUCCCAGGUCUCAAGAAUAAGCUUUACAUGUCAGGUUGUAGCCGAGAAAGUGAAAUCAAGUUUGGGCUCAUUGGUUGCCUGCUUCACAUUUGAAUGCACACGUAAACAACCACACACACACACACACGCUCACAUCUACACAGAUUUUUGCUCAAGCACAAAAGGGCACAUGUAAGAAGACACACAUGCAUGCAUGCACGGCGACACGACUCUGUGGAGACCAAUGACGCCCACCCCUGUGAAUAGAAUCAACUUACAAUUGCAUGAUGGGAAAACUUAAUCGUGCCAGCACGUGUCUCUUCGAUGUUCUUCUGCUUUUUUAUUUUAUUUUCCCUUCUUUUUAAUUUCCAAUGCAAUGUGAUGAUGAAUCAUCAAUGUUUUUUUAAGGCUUGUGAAUACGUCAUAUGUAACCAAUAUGAAUGUAGUGUGAACACUGAACUCGCAUGAGAGAAUUAUUUUCUACAGAGGAUGUUUCUAAUUUGUUUCUUAUCAUUAUUGAUCGUUCUUUAAUGAGGAUGACGAGAAACUGGAAUGCAGCCUGAUUGUGAUCUGCUUCCUAUUAAAAGGACAUUUGUGUCACAAUCUAAA